GCUUCCAUCAACAUGAAUUUUGCUCUCUUCAUUUUCGCCGCUUGUUCCAUCUGUUCUUGUCUCUACUUUAAUCAAGUGGCAGGAGUGACUAACAUAGUCCCACCAUUUCCUUCUAAUCCAAUUUUGAUUGAGGGUGAAUCAGCAGAAGUUACUUGUGUUGCAUAUAACAGUGACRAUGUUACCAAACCAGCAAACAUAACCUUCCUCAAGAAGUUUAAUAUAUAUGGCGACACAAUACCCAUUUCAGACGAAGGACAACAUGGAAGCUAUAAUCUUAAAAGACAAACAGAACUAAAUGGUUUGAGACUUCUUACAACAAUGGUCAUAAACAAAAUGAAUGCACGUUUGGCUGGUGGCUACAUCUGCCGAUCAYGGCGCCCCCAUGAUAACAGUGGCCGGGCAGUAAGGCCAGCAAGUCAUGACUUUCAAGUUUUAUAUGUUGCACAUAAAGACUUACCAAAGGCAGCCAUACAUGGUGGUGGAACUAUCAAUUAUGGCGAUUCAGCCAAACUCACAUGUGAUGUCACAGACGGUAGUUGGAUGAACGCUCCGUUAUCGGGACUAGCAUGGAUGAAAGAUAACGUGAUAAUAAGAAAUGGAACCUCGGCAACUGUUCUAGAACCUUUAAUCAUCAAGGACGCGUCUACUCAAGACGGCGGUGAAUAUAAAUGCGUUGGAGUUGCAAAACUCAAACGUUCUGAACCAAGAUCGCUCUUGUUGAACAAGACAACAGUUUACGUUCGACUUAAGGUAGACAAUGGCACAACAGAAGUGAAGGGAGGUGAGGGUAGUAGCAUUACGAUGGACUGCCCUGCUUAUGGCUACCCUCUGAAUGUGACAUGGUGGAAAAUGAAUCGAGAAGGUCAACAACAACGACUUGUCAACAACGAGCGACAUAUGAUGUCAAGACCCUGCCCUACAUGCCGAUACAGAUUGACAAUCAARCACCUACAGSCUCCUGAYGUUGGUCAAUAUAUUUGUAAAGCAAAACUAAACAUGCAGUCAGGAAUGCAUUACUUCAGACUAUUCCUCGGGUGUGACUUACUAUGCCCAGUCCUUCUUGGUGCUUCUUACAGGCCUGGUCACCUGGAAGCUGCUGUAAAAAGACAUCUUCCUUUAAUGUUAACUAGACGCAUAGCUUGCUUGAUAAAAAUCUACUAGUGAAUCCGCCAAAAUAUCAGUUAAACUUGUCAUUUCUUUGGUAAGUUUGCUGGUAAUUUAUAUAAAAAUUCAAGUGGCACAAGGCUGCGUUUUAAAAACGAUUUGCAACAAUUUAGAAAAUGUACUGAAUACUACGGRAUACUGCGACUGACGGAUUUGAAGAUAAACGACCCUUAGCUUCCUACUUUUUGGGGUAUGCUGCUGUGCUCUUACGAGUAAAUUAUACUAGUAUAUAAUUCUCAUGAACAAAACGAAAUCUUACAUUAGCAAAAUACUAGAUGUCAAAUUUUCGUAUGUGAGAGGUUCUUGGAUGAAAGUGGGCCUUUAACAGGCAUUGUAAAGGAGAGGACCCUUGGUCUAAAUAUUUCAUGCAAUACGUUGAGACCCUCCUUGAACAACUUCCAAGAGACUGGAUAGUCAUAACAAGAAACUAAAACACAAAAUAUCUGCUCUAUGUUUAAUGAACUUUUAACUAUCGCAUUUCUCUCCUGGAAAUAUAUAUUUCUGUUACAACCUAACGGAAUAUUACUCCCACUUAAAGGUAUAAUUACACUGUCUUACAACGUCGUUGCGAUACAAGUUGCGCWGGAAAUUAUAGCGUUAUACCGUUACACUGUGAAAUUUUUUGCAAUAUUUUUGGCCGAGGUAAUCUGGGGAAUCUGACGUACGACUUCCAUAUAUGAAUGUCCAUAUACAUGGCACCGAUGUACUAGGAUGUUCAUUAUUAAUUAGAUAUUCUAUAUAUCUUAUGCACCUACAGGUUAUUCAUGAAUACCGUUGCAAAAAUAUCACAAAAAUUCAGGUUAAAUYAAAGGAAUUGAACUCGUGGCUCAAUGGUUACUCUUAGGGGGAAAUAUGGGAUCAGGCAAUGCAUGUGUAUAGCGCUGGGUACAAUCUUUAUUCUCGUCCUUAAAAAAAAUAUUUUUCAUGUAAUUUUAAGCCUUAAUUYAAUUUCUUUUUUCAUACAAUACCGACAUGAGAACCUUCUAUGUUUUCAUCGUGCACAUGCUCAACCAUAUGUGGAGGUCGUACGACUUUCUCGUAAGCUGAUAGCAAGAAGAUGGCGGACAUUCGAAACGAGAACUACGCAUGCUCAAUCAACGUACGUGACUCAAAAUGUGAGAGAAACGUUACUGUAGAAGUGAUCAAUGCCGUUGCAAGUAGCCCUGAGUUUUGCUUCGUGCAAACACGCAACAA